AGAGGAAAAUCAUGUACCAGCCAAAACGUGCAUUUAAACAACCCUCUGUUCUUGUCAUUUCUAGAGAGAGAAAGAGGCAGAGAGUGAAUAGUGACAGAGGGAAUCACUUAUUGAAAACGACGCCCUGUUAGACUUUCAGGAGAAACUUGGUUGAAAUGAACCCUAAUUUUUCUUGAAUGAGGUCAUAUUUUGAUGAUUCAGAGUUUUCCCCUCUGACCCCUCACUUGUUCUUAAAAUGAAUACAAGAGGUGGCCAGGUAUCUAGGGGUCAGAAGUCAAAAAAUUUUCAGGGUGAGGGGCCAAAUUGGAUUCUUAUUGCUGGUUGUGCCUUGCUGAGUACCUUAUCUAUCCGCCUUGGUUACAAACUGAAGCAGGCUCUUGAGACAAAACAACAGGACAAUGCUACUAUUAGCUUGAAAGGGAAUGGAACUUCUGACAGGAGGAGAUCAUCGGGUUGCCAUUUACACUCAAACAUGUAUUCAUUUACCCAAGAAGAUGAUGAUUGUUUCAACUGCAUUUCAGGAGCUGAAAGCAUAGGGGGGAAGCACCCACCAAAUGGCCAGGUGCUGCCUGCAUCUGAAGUUGCUCUCUCUCUGGUGACAGUUCCCACCUCUGAGUUCAACAAGGAGAAUAGUUUUAUGUGGGCAUCAUCUCCUGAUCGCCUUGAGUUGCCUCCAAAGCCAUUCCAUCAUUCUAACUGCUCUGACUCACCAUGUGUCUCAGAAUCAGGCUCUGACAUAUUUAGCAAGCGGGAAGUGAUACAGAAACUAAGGCAACAGUUGAAGAGAAGGGAUGAUAUGAUUCUAGAGAUGCAGGACCAGAUUAUGGAGCUGCAGAAUUCACUGAAUGCUCAGGUGGCACACUCAAGUCAUUUACAAGCACAGCUGGAUGCAGCAAAAAGAGACUUGUUUGACUCCACGAGACAAAUCCAAAGGCUAAGGAAGGCAAUUGCAGAUCAUUGCAUAGGACAUGCUGGUAUGAAUGAGAAGACUUCGACGGUAACAGCUUGGUCAUCUGACAUAGGCAAUGGCCAUGCCAAUGGGUAUGUUGAUGCAGAAAGCAACUUGGACUUCCCUUAGAAGGGAAGGGGAGAUGGGGAGAGAAUUGAGAUGCUGAAGAUAGAAGUAGGAGAGUUAAAAGAAGUGAUUGAAGGAAAGGAGUACUUGUUGCAGAACUACAAGGAGCAGAAGAUGGAGCUUUCCAUGAAGAUCAAGGAGUUGCAGCAGAGAUUGGAUUCCCAGCUCCCCAAUAUUUUGUAGGUAUUGUUUAGGAUUUUGUGCAUUCUGGCUUGUUUUCCCCUGUUUCUUUCUUUGAUUCGAGGUUAAAAAAAUGCAUUUUUUUCUCUUUUCUUUCCCAC